CCUCCUGCCUGCCAUAUAGUAAUAUGCAGCCGCGCAGCGAUCGGCAGUGCGCUGUGUCCGGAUCACCAAUCCACGGAAAGAGCCGAAUAUGUCGGCUCGGUCGUGUGAUCAGCUGUGUCCAAUCACAGCUGAUCACAUCCCCAGCAGCACCACCUGUCAGUGUCCAUCAGUGCCAGCUCUCAAUGCUCAUCCAUGCCACCUGCCAGUGCCCAUCAGUGCCACAUCAGUGUCACAUUUUAGUGCCCAUCAGUGCCACAUCAAUGCCACAUAUCAGUGCCCAUCUGAGCUGCCUUUCAGUGUCACCGAUCAGUGCCUGUCAGUGCCACCUAUCAAUGCCAGUCAGUGCCACCUAUCAGUGCUGCCAAUGAGUGUCACCUAUCAGUGCC